CAUAAAUGAAAUUCUUUUGAGAUCUUUGUUCUGCAACUGUGUAGCAGUCUGGAUGAUAAAUCAUAGCAUGUUAGGAAUUGGCUUCUGCUAGGUUCUUGGCGGUUUCUGCUCUUUUUUUUUCUUUUCUUUUUUCUUUUUUUUUUUUUCUCUUUUUACAAAAAGCAACAAAUCUAUCAAAAGAAAACAGUGUCAAUUAUGUAUUUCUUAUAAGAACUUCAACUGCCAGUCUGAAACCUCAACCCUUUUUCUCUCUCUUUCUCUGAAACUCUUUGGGGUUCAGUGAUGGAAAACCAACGCAGUGCUCUUCUGAGUUGGGCUUACUUCUUCCAAGGAAAGAACGUUGAAGAAUUGAGGCAUUCGCUUUUUUGUGCGACUCUAGAGCUGGAACAAACGAGAGUUGCAGUUCAAGAGGAGCUAAGAAAGAGAGAUGAACAGUUGAUUCAUCUCAAAGAUCUUUUCUGCAGAGCCAUUAGAGAGAGAGAUGAAGCAAAUGAAAAGUUCCAGAAACUGAUUAUUGAGAAGCUUUUACUCCAGCAGCAGCGAACGGAUCCCCAUUCAGGAAUUUCCAGCAUUGAAGAUGAGCCAAGGAAAGGAAUUGACUCCAACAAUGGCUUCUCCUCAUCAGAUUGUGAAGAAAGCAUUGUUUCAUCUCCGGCCAUUGACCCAAUUCCGCCGCCGCAGUUUCCUCCAGCUCCACCGCAGGCACCACCGCACGCGGCGGUGGAAUUGGUUCCAGAGAAGCCAUUGCCUGAAAAAGGGAAGCUCUUGGAAGCAGUGAUGAAAGCAGGGCCUCUGCUUCAGACCCUUCUGGUGGCCGGACCUCUGCCUGAGUGGAGACACCCACCCCCGCCACUUGAAUCCUUUGAAAUCCCGCCGGUGACAAUUCCCUCAACGCCGCCGCCGCCGCCGCAGCUCCUCCGAGAUUCUCCGAUCACCUUCAAUGGGAGCAGUAACAUUACCAACUGUGGAAGCAGAAAAAGGGUAUUCUUGGAAGGCUCUGAUUCUCCAACAGAGACAAAGUGCCAAAGGCUUGCUCCCUGCUGACCACCACAAAAACAACACAGAGAUCAGCAACAAGUUAAUCAAUAGUCUAAUAUUAGUAAAGAGCUAAUGAGGAUGAAAAGAGAAUUGGGUUAGUGGCUGAUUUUAUUUUCUUUUUAGUGCUUUGUACAGAACAAGUCUCCCCCUUCUGUCAUCACUCUGACUCAGUUCCCUUGAGUGAAGUUUUUAUGCCCACCUUUUUACUUCACACUCUUUUUUUUCUUUUCCCUUCUUUCUUUUUGAUACUCCUGAGAAACGGGGUUGAAAUUUUCCAGAAUUGUUCUAGCCAUAUAAAAUGCAAUUCCAAUUCUGAGAUUUCUCGUGUU